AUGAACUGGGGAUUUCUCCAGGGGAUCCUGAGCGGCGUGAACAAGUACUCCACAGCGCUGGGCCGCAUCUGGCUGUCGGUGGUCUUCAUCUUCCGGGUGCUGGUGUAUGUGGUGGCGGCGGAGGAGGUGUGGGAUGACGAGCAGAAGGAUUUCAUCUGCAACACCAAGCAGCCCGGCUGCCCCAACGUCUGCUAUGACGAGUUCUUUCCCGUGUCCCACGUGCGCCUCUGGGCCCUGCAGCUCAUCCUGGUCACCUGUCCUUCCCUGUUAGUGGUCAUGCAUGUGGCCUAUCGCGAAGAGCGAGAGAGGAAACACCGCCUCAAACAUGGGCCCGACGCCCCGGCCCUGUACAGCAACCUGAGCAAGAAGAGGGGCGGCUUGUGGUGGACGUACCUGCUGAGUCUCAUCUUCAAGGCUGCUGUGGACUCGGGAUUCCUCUAUAUCUUCCACUGCAUUUACAAGGACUACGACAUGCCCCGUGUGGUAGCUUGCUCUGUGCAGCCCUGCCCCCACACCGUGGACUGUUACAUCUCCCGACCCACGGAGAAGAAGGUCUUCACCUACUUCAUGGUAGUCACAGCAGCCAUCUGUAUCCUCCUCAACCUCAGUGAGGUCGCCUAUCUGGUGGGCAAGAGAUGCAUGGAGGUCUUCCGUCCCCGGCGCCGGAAAACUUCCAGGAGGCACCAGCUACCCGAUACGUGCCCACCGUAUGUGAUCUCCAAAGGUCACCCCCAAGAUGAGAGCACCGUCCUGACAAAGGCCGGGAUGGCCACAGUGGAUGCUGGCCGGAGUUCCAAGUAUCGGCAGCACCGCGCUCGUCUCACGUGGGACUUGCCAACAGACGCCCGACAUCCCCGGAGGACUGCGGACCCUCGCAAGGCAGGAGCAGCAGCCCCCGCACACCACAUGUACAGUAAGAGGAAAAUAAAUUCCCACUGAGACAUAGGCUGGUCUCAGCUUUAAUCAGAGAAGCCCCUCUUUGAAAAUGAAUGCAGUGACCUGUGCCUAUACAAGAGACGGAGAAUAAAGAAUGGUUAAGGGCUAAGUCCUGAAUGAGACAUUUAAACCAUCCCCUCAAGCUUCGUGGGAUUCUUCAGAAGAGGGUCCAGAGAGACAGGAAGAAAGGCUGCAAAAUGCCACCUGUUAAGCAUGCUAUGGCCAUGACAAUAAUGACGAACUCAUAAGCACCACGCCUAGCGGGACUAGACCUACGUGAGUCAACCCCACCCAACGGUCAGCCUAGCUGGCAAGGGGCCCGCAGAGCACCACCACUUGCUGUUGAUCUAUUGAUCUGUCUGGUCUAUUGAUCUGUAACGGAGAAGUGGAGAUAGAUACCUAGUCUGCACCCACUGCUGGGCUCUCCGGGUCUGAUGAAUAGUUCCAAAUCCAAGGGCACACAGAUGGUCCUUGUCGAACUCCGGAGGCCACAAAAUGAAAUGGAAAGUGAAGAAUACAGAAAAGAGAUUUGCAGGGGAUUAGAGGGCUGGUAGGGUUAAGAGGGACCUAAGAGAGGCUAUGGGGGUGAGAGUAAUCAGAAUAUACUAUAAACGUGU